ACCCAAGACGGCUCGACGCUGUUCUCCUCCGCUCUCCCUCUCUAAUACCCAACUGCCCUCUGCGCUCCUUCUGAUGGCAACGCCUCUUUCAACGGACGAUCCAGGUUCUACAGGCGCUAAGGGAAAGCAGCUGGAGGGAGAGCCAGCCAGUUCGCAGCUUGCAGAGGAGACGUCGCCCCAAAAUACCGUUACGACCCACCUUCAUGACCAAAACCAGCAAGAGAGGAUCACCCCUGCGACCGCCAACGGCGCCGCUGGAGGCGCAGCGGAACACCCGACCACCGAAGGUGCAACCGGCUCCGGCCAGGCCUCCGCCAUGCUGGCACCACCGCACGCACCGACGCCCUCUCAGUCUUCUCAGCCGACCACGAGCCGCUCGGGUACGGAUGCUGCCGACGGACCUAAGGACCCGGAGAAGGAUAAGGGCUCCUUGGACACCACGCUCAACACACGCACGCACUCCCUCCGACGCAAGGACGCCAAGUCUGCGUCUGACGGUACGCACACGAUGUCCACCACCGCAGAACAGCCCGGCUCCCCGCACUCGAAGACGAAGCGGGCGAGGCAGUCGCUGUUCGUCAAGAUCUUCCACGUCCUCGUGCCCUGCGUCGGCCCGUCCCAGCGGCGCCUCCAGGACGAGCUGUACCCUCCCGCGCAGCAGCCAAAAGCAACCACCAGCACCGCCGCACUCAAGGAGAAGCAGGCGGCUAAGGAGGCUGAGGAGCUACCGCCCCCGCCGCUGUCCACGGGAGAACCGACGGCGGGUGUUGCCCCCGAGCAACCGGUGCACCCACCCCAGCCCGACGUGUUCAGUCCGCAGGAAUCGACCCCGACACUGAAUCCGCUCACAAUACCUACGCAGACAGACCAGGAGGCGGACCCGGAGGUGAUCUUUCCGCCCACGCCGACGAAGUCCCUGUUGCCGCCCGAGGAGACGGAAGGGAUGACUUCGGGCGCCGUGCAGCCGCCAGGGUCGACUGGGGAAGAGACCCCGCAUGAUCAUGUCCAUUCGCAGGGGCGAGAGUCUGGCACUGAGAGCGAUGGCUCGACAAGCUUUACGGAGGACGAAGAUUUGGAGGACCAGGGACCUCUGGAUGAUAUCGAGGAUGAGGAGGAGCGGCUAAUAAUGAAUGGGGGCGCUGGCAUCCCAAUAGGUCCUGACGGAGUCCCAAGACCGUUGCUGCCCCCGAUACUUCCGAAACAUCAAGGACGCAAAUGUCUUGUUUUGGAUCUGGACGAGACAUUGGUCCACAGUAGUUUCAAGUCGAUACAGCAGGCAGACUAUGUCGUGCCUGUCGAGAUUGAGUAUCACUGGCACAACGUGUACGUCAUCAAGCGUCCGGGUGUGGAUAACUUCCUCAAGAAGAUGGGCGAGAUCUACGAAGUUGUCGUGUUCACUGCGAGUCUGAGCAAGUACGCCGACCCCGUUCUCGACAAAUUGGACAUCCAUCGUGUUGUGACGCACCGCCUGUUCCGGGAGAGCUGCUACAACCACCGCGGGAACUACGUGAAGGAUCUAUCACAGCUCGGUCGCCCAAUCGCAGAUACAAUCAUCAUCGACAACUCUCCUGCGUCAUACAUCUUCCACCCCAACAACGCUGUACCAGUCUCAUCAUGGUUCAACGACCCACACGACACCGAGCUGACGGAUCUGUGCCCCUUCUUGGCGGACCUCGGGCAGGUGGACGACGUGCGAGGCGUGCUGGACGGUGGUCUAUAGCGAUGGCUGCGUGCGCGGUCUGUAAGUAGCCGAAUGGACUGUGGAUGUGUGUCAUUAUCGCUAUCUGUCCGGGCAGCCCGCCUGUUCUAAUAAUCUGACCAUACGCCAGCAGGCUCGCGCCGCGGCGUGUGCUACUGCCCUGACCCCUCUUGGAAUGCUCGCUCGGACUUUCGCUCGCUCCUCGGACUGCCUGCACACUGCACCCACCCACCCAUUAAUCACUACAGUCAUUGCACUAUUUUUCUAUUGCCUGUUUCUGUCGCAUGAUAUUAUACACAUUCAAUCCACCGUCGGUAUACCCUGCAA